GAAGAAUGAAUCUCCUCGUCCAUGUAUUUAAUGAUAAUUGUCGUGGUCUGCCGACUCUUCAAGAUAUCAGACACCCCGUCUACCCAGCAGCACCAGCAGUGUGGCUUUGCUAUCCACUGUUCGCGCAUUCCAUGACAGGCAUCUGCCGCUCCAGAAAAACAGCGUCGUUCCAACAAUCGGCAAGCUGCCAGGGUCUGCCACAUGGUUUUGUUCCCGCCAAGGGUUGAUAAUUCCUGAGCCAGAAGAAACGAUUGUGUUGCACGAGGUUUUAUGGUGUCAAGAUUUACAUCCAACUGCGUCCACCUCGAGAACAUGACCAUACAGAAUCAUCCCAUUUCCGCCCCGAGCCUUUGUAUCCUCCAGUUUGAUGGAACAGCCUCAUCGCUUGACAACGCCCGGAUUGACCAGGCUUAGCUGGAGAUUUGUCAGGUCAGCGUGCUAGCACAUGGCUGGCAUACAUGCUCUCGAAUCUUUGACAUGAUGUCGUCAAUGCUCAUCACUUUCCAACAGAAGCAAUACUCUCUAACCACUGUCUGCGCCGAAGUCUUCGUGGUAAAUUUCCGACAGGGGGCCGGUCUGGAUAACACCGUCGCCGACUUUCGUUUUCUUCUGUGCCGAUUCUCCCGUUGAGGUGUUUUAUCCUCUUGCUUCUUGAUGGAAAUCGGCAAGACCGAUAUACAUAGGUGCUGUCUCAGCUUCUCACUGUUGGUUAUUCAAAUACUGGACCAAGUCAAACGUCGUGCAUAAUCAAAUCUCGUAGCUGUCACCUGUUCCUUCGCUGUCAAACUUUGAAUCAGGGUGCAUGUCAGGCUCAGACCAUCCUUCUAUAUAUAAAUGUGUUGCAGCUUUUUGUUCAAUACACGGCCACACAGGUCAACACUCGCUACUGUUCUCCUCUUGCUGUCUAUAUACAAGUGACCCUGUGGAUGUCAUUCGACAGUGGUCUUCCAAGGUGAGUUGUCGACAGAGUCGUUCUGCUUACCCGUGACUACCAAAUGAUGAAACAUAUUUUUGUGCGGAACCUACAGGUCGUCCGGACUGUCUCAGGUUGCCAUGAUGGCCUGGGUUUGGGGCUUAAUAGUCGUUAGCAUUCGAGAACACCUUGCAGCUCAGAAGAAAAUCCAAGACCGCCGAACAGGUGUACAUGGCCUGAACCGCUACCGCAGGGCCACAGGAAAACCGAGCGUGUCCAUAAAGGCUCACGAGGGACACGAGUCCAAGAUAUGGUUGGGAAUUAAUUUUCUCACAGAUAUCCUCGCAAAGAGAAGUUUGGCGAAGAAAUUUGGAACAAUGAAUCCCCCCAUCGGCCCCCAAGAAACUACUGCUCUCACGGCCAGUGAUUCCCAGGACAGGAAUAAUUGGCCUGUUCGGAGUAUUGGCAGGCAUAAACCUCUGAAGGUGUGACUGUGCUACAUUGGCCCGGUGGCUCUAACUGAAAGAACAGGGUGGGUGAGAUCAUCACUUAUUAACGGAUUCCGCAACCGGGCGCGACAAGCAUGACCUGCACCUUUUGCUCAAGGGCCGCAUAUGAAUCGGGAAUAUCGACUGAAAUCGAGAGGACCAGAGAGUGGAGAGAUCUGACUAACCCUCUGGUUGACGGGCUUUGACGGAUGGUUUGGGAAAGGUAGAAAUCGAAAUCGCUGCCGGCAUCGUACUGGCUGGUGCAGGGAAGGCCUGCUGGAUCAAGAACUCCGGCCAUGGGGCGACGGAAGAAUGUACCACCGCUGUACGGAAGAGGAUUGGACGGAGGAUGCAUGGAAUCGCUUGAUCAGGAGUAAGGAUAGAGGGGCAGUUGAUGAUACACAGGACAUUGAGGAGUGAGAAAAGUGCGUGCGCCGAAAGAGUUUGGCUUGGAGGGGGAAGUGCAGGAGGGGCGCAGGCAGGUGACGGUGAUGAUGGUGGUGGUGGUGAAAGUGCAGGUGAAGGUGAGGGUGACGGGUACCUGGGUAAGAGAAAUGGGUGAUUGCAAUCGUCAUCUUUCAAGCGGGCAUUGUGGGCGCGUCGCAGCCAAAAGACCGAAUUCUCAAGCCACUCCGAUCGUUACUUGGGACUUGGUAGGUGCCGCUACCACCGCAGCCUUUACUUAGUAACCAGAGCUGGACCGAUUCGAGUUUACGGGAGACGCCCAGGAGGCGGGAAACUGGUUUGCCCCACGCUGGCUGCUGCUGCUGCUGCUGCUGCUGCCCGCCACUGUUGCUCCUGGCUGCUCUGCUCUGCUCUUCUCGCAUGCCAGCAUUCACCACCACAUGAAGUUUUUCUGCAUAGUGACAUUGGCCACAGUCACCAGUACCAGACAGGAUUCUCUCAAGCCUCGUUGAAUGCUAGAAUACCCGUCAGUUGCGCCACCCACAACUUCGAGGUUUGUGCUUCUCGGUAUCUGUCGCGGUCCUGUCGCCCCUCCCCGUCUCUAACUGCGAUCUUCAGGAUACCUGAAACAUCCCGUACUUCUAAACCGCCUCUCCUGUUCUCGAGGCAUCCGAUUCACCUCGCUCCUGUAUCUGACUGAGCCGACUGUCGUUCUGCUCUCGUCCUGCACUCACGUCGCGAUCUCUCCACCGCCGCUGACACUCUCGCGAUUCGAAGACCUCGCCUCCUCUCCUGUCCAAAACUUGGCUCUCCUUCCUUAGACUUUCUCUGAAGAUGGCGGAGUUUGUGCGAGCCCAAAUAUUUGGGACAACAUUCGAGAUCACCAGCAGGUACACAGACUUGCAACCCGUAGGCAUGGGAGCCUUCGGUCUUGUCUGUUCUGCCAAAGAUCAAUUGACGGGCCAGUCGGUGGCGGUUAAAAAGAUUAUGAAGCCAUUCUCUACACCCGUGCUCGCAAAGCGCACCUAUCGAGAGCUCAAACUGCUGAAACAUCUUCGACACGAAAAUGUCAUCUCUCUCAGCGACAUCUUCAUCUCUCCGCUUGAAGACAUCUACUUCGUGACCGAACUCUUAGGCACUGACCUCCAUCGCCUCUUGACCUCAAGACCACUCGAGAAGCAAUUCAUUCAAUACUUCCUCUAUCAAAUCCUACGAGGUCUAAAAUACGUUCACUCGGCUGGCGUCGUCCACAGAGAUCUGAAGCCAAGUAACAUCCUGGUCAAUGAGAAUUGCGACCUCAAAAUCUGCGAUUUCGGGUUGGCUCGAAUCCAAGACCCCCAAAUGACGGGAUACGUGUCGACCCGGUAUUACCGAGCCCCCGAGAUCAUGCUUACCUGGCAGAAAUAUGACGUGGAAGUGGACAUCUGGAGCGCUGGCUGCAUCUUUGCAGAAAUGUUGGAAGGGAAACCUCUAUUCCCGGGCAAGGAUCAUGUCAACCAGUUCUCCAUCAUCACCGAGCUGCUCGGUACACCUCCCCAGGAUGUGAUUGAGACCAUCUGCAGCGAAAAUACCCUCAGAUUCGUCCAGUCUCUGCCCAAACGAGAACGGCAGCCCCUGAGUGCGAAAUUCAAGAAUGCCGAUCCUUCCGCCGUCGACCUGCUGGAGAAGAUGUUGGUUUUCGACCCCAAGAAACGAGUAUCAGCAGCCGGUGGCCUGGAGCACGAGUAUCUUUCUCCAUAUCACGAUCCGACGGAUGAGCCGGUCGCAGACGAGAAGUUCGAUUGGUCGUUCAACGACGCCGACCUUCCCGUUGACACUUGGAAGAUCAUGAUGUACUCGGAAAUCCUUGACUAUCAUAAUAUCGACAACCAGGAAACCGAGAUGGGAGGCAAGCCCUUGACCGUGGAGCAAGCCCAGGCCGUGAACAGUCAGGUAGUCCAAUAGAGUGGGUGGUUCUCGAGAGGUCUGCGCCAGCAACAUUCAGCGCAACUGGAGGUGUCAGCGGGAGUUCCGUUGCGUAGUCCUCGGCGGAGUGAAACGAACGAAUACCACGAUAUGUUUUGGUGUAACAGGGAGGAAAACGGGCAUACCAAGAUUUCUGCAACAAAAGGUUACGAGUUGUAUGAUUGCUUCAGGGCCCAGUCUGGACUAUUUGUCCAGCCCGGAUCCAAAUCUUAUGAGACAUAGACCUUCAGCCGUUCUUUGUCCGCACAGUCCCAGCAUGCACAAAAAACAUGUAGUCGGUGUUUGUAGCGCGUGUCAGCCUUGUUACGCGGUUUCGGCAUACAGCACGAUCGGAAUGGAAUGCACGGCGCACCCUGUGGCGAGGAAACAGAUAGAACCUUUGUUUCCAUUUGGCAAUUGAUCGCGAGAUCACUUUCUG